AUGCGUGUGGUAGAAAAACAACUUCGUGAUGAAGUAAUAAAUCGUUGUAUAGAAUUUCUUGACGUUGUUAUUAAUUUUAUUCUCUAUAUUGAACAAAUUUACUCCAAUGGUUUGAUAAAUAAACUAAUAUAUCUUCUUUAUUUAAUAUUCUUUCUUGUUUUUUUUGUUUCAUAUACAGAUAUAUUUGAAAAACGCUUAAAAUAUAAUUUAAUUGUUUACGAAUGUCAUGAUACUGAAAUACAAAAUUAUAUAUCAGAUUUUCUUAAUCAAGUAAAACCUUUACUUCGUAAACAAAUAAUUGAUCAAAUAGGUUUUGUUAUAACAACAAAUAAUGAAAAUGAAAUUCUUCGUCGAUAUAUUAUUGAAUUACAUCCGAUUAUUGAUCAUUCAUCAAAUACAAUUCAUUCAAAUGGAAAUCAUUUACUUGCUGAACUAGAUUCAAUCUUUUCAGCAUGUUUUAUUGAAUUAAUGCGUCAAAUUCCUAUUAGUCCAUUAACAAUAUCAACAGAAAAUGAUGAUGAUGAUGAUGAUGAUAACGAUCAAGUUCGUUGGAAAUUACAAAUGCGUUUAUGUCAUCAUGAAAAUAAUAAAUUUGAAGUUGAAGAAACAUUUUAUGAACAAUUUAAAUUAAUUGAUAAUUGUUUAUUAUCAUUAAAACAAAUUAAAUCUGUUCAUUCUCAAAGACUUAAUAUUCAAAUAAUGUGUCAAGAUAAAAAAACAACAUAA